GUCUAUCACAACAACGCGAGGCUGGAAGCCUUCCACGAGUUCCUACGCGAGGCGUGCGUGCAGGCGUCGGCUUCGAAUCCGACACCCUUUCACCACUGGGUUAAUGCUCUUGCUAGGGACCGCCGUCUAGUCCGUCUCUAUACACAGAACAUUGACGGACUGGAGCUGAGGCUGCCCUAUCUCUUCACCCAAACUCCGUUGACGACCAGCGGGCCGUGGCCCAAUACAAUCCAGCUUCACGGGACUUUGCACUACUCGCAGUGCACAAAGAACGGACACGUUCUGCCCACCGAUCUGUCCCUUUUCGUCGGAAACACGCCACCCGUCUGCCGACUGUGCGAGAUUGCCGAGGAUGAGCGUGUCGCCGCCGGCAAGAGAGGUCGAAACCCUGGGGGACUGCGCCCGCGCAUCCUCCUGUACGACCAGGAGGCCGAUUGGGAGAAUGAGUCCAUCGGCAAAGUUCAUGCACACGAUCUCGAGGCCAUGCCUGAUGCCCUGAUCGUGGCCGGGACGGCAUUGGACGGGCCUGGCGCACGCGACCUGGUGAGAAGCAUGGCCGAGGUUGUCCGCAAAAACAACGGCCUGGCCAUAUGGAUCAACAAGGAGCUACCGAAGCAGAACGUGAUGGCCUGUUUCGACGUGGUGCUUAAGGGAACCUGC